GCAGACCUCGGGCCACGCACCCCGCCGCCGCUGCUGCCGCCUCAUCUCCUCCUCUCCUCCUCCUCUUAAGCGUUCAUCUUAAUUACAGCAGGGCGGAGACAUUGACAUUUUUUUCUUUUUUGGAGUCUGAGGAAUUGCGUCUAUUCUUGCUCCCAGUCUGCGCACUGUGUGUAAACACUGUGAUUGCAGGUUUGCGCCGCGCGUAAACGUGGAAAAUACCUAUGGAACCGGUCUGCGCGGUGGCAACUCUCUCUCUCCCCCUCUCUCCUUUUCUCUUUCUUGGGCUUUUUCUCCGUUUAAGCACUUUUCCAUAAAACGUCUGUGGACCUUUUUCUUUUCCUUUUUUUUUUAUUUUUUACCAGCCGUGAGGAGGAGGAGCAAGGGGGUGGGGUGUGGAUGCGAGGGGCGUGUUUUGGUAUAUAACACUUCUCACUGAGAAGUUUUGCCUGUCGCCUUGUCUUUGGGACAGCCUGUCACACAUCAUCCCUAUAGCCUCACCAACUGGGAAACUAACUCACCUGCAAUCCCUGCAACCAAAUACCCCUCCACCGCCACCAUCACCACCGCCACCACGACCACCACCACCACAGCGCUGUCUUCCUCUUUUUCUUUAUUUUUUUCAAUUUUUAUUUUGACUACUGCCAUCUGACAUGGAGACCCAGCAAAGACACGGACAGCACUCACUUUGCCACACCUGCCGGAGAGCGGAGAGCAGCCGACUGAAGGUCAAGAAGAUGUCUUCGUCCAGUCGCGCGCUGCUGUUUGCACUGGCCCUGACGCUCUACGCGGUGGAAAUGGCCUCGGCGGAGACGCUGUGUGGGGGAGAGCUGGUGGAUGCGCUGCAGUUUGUCUGUGAAGACCGAGGCUUCUAUUUCAGUAGGCCAACCAGCAGGGGCGGCAACCGGCGCCCCCAGAACCGUGGGAUCGUAGAGGAAUGUUGUUUCCGUAGCUGUGACCUCAAACUGCUGGAGCAGUACUGUGCCAAACCCGCCAAGUCCGAAAGGGACGUGUCGGCCACCUCUCUACAGGUCAUACCCGUGAUGCCCGCACUAAAACAGGAAGCCCCAAGGAAGCAGCAUGUGACCGUCAAGUAUUCCAAAUACGAGGUGUGGCAGAGGAAGGCGGCCCAGCGGCUCCGGAGGGGUGUCCCCGCCAUCCUGAGGGCCAAAAAGUUUCGGAGGCAGGCGGACAAGAUCAAAGCACAGGAGCAGGCAGUCUUCCACCGGCCCCUGAUCAGCCUGCCCAGCAAACUGCCGCCCGUCUUGCUCGCCACGGACAACUAUGUCAACCACAAAUGAGCCCGCCGCCAGCCCUUUGCACAGACAAGAGUUUGGAGGGAGAAAAAAAAGACUAGGGGAUUAUAGCUUUGUCUCUGACGUCAUUUCUGUGGCAGUCCUCUCUGACCUCCCCUGCCCUGUCCGAGCCCACCAAUCCCUCCCCCUGCUCUCAUCCACUACUUCUUGACCCUCUGGCCCUUUUCUAUUGCCCCCGUCAAACCCAC